UCUAUAGCACCGACAGUAUUUUACUUAAAUAAUAUAGCACCGACAGUAUUUUACUUAAACAAUAUAGCACCGACAGUAUUUUACUUGAAUUAUAUAGCACCGACAGUAUUUUACUUAAACAAUAUAGCACCGACAGUAUUUUACUUGAAUUAUAUAGCACCGACAGUAUUUUACUUAAAUAAUAUAGCACCGACAGUAUUUUACUUAAACAAUAUAGCACCGACAGUAUUUUACUUAAACAAUAUA